CAGGCUUAAUUGGUUGCACAAAGACCAAGCCAGGAUGAGCAGACACGGAUUCAUUAAGCCAGGUGAAACCAAUCCUGGAUAGGUGCGCGCUCACGGCUCACUCAAAUAGACCCCGCCACAGAUCACAGAUUAACUGAUUUACCAUGGCAACUAGAGCCGCGUACUUUUCCCCGUCGGAAGCACAAAUCCUCAUGGAGGCAUACGAGGAGGUAAAAUAUAUAAUUAAGAAGAAAGGCAACACCGCCACAGUGAUAAAGCAAAGAGAAAAAGCGUGGCAAAGUAUUGCAGACCGCCUGAAUGCCAGUGAAAAAGAAUACCCACAGACAAGGCACGGGUGGUGGGUCACCAAAGGCUGACCUUACCCCAGCAGAGGACAUGGCCUUGGAGCUAAAUAAAGGCAGGCCCGUCUUAGAGGGGAUCCCUGGGGGGGAAGAGACGAGCAUAGGUUCCUCCCAAGAUGCCACCCGCUUCAUUCAAGUGUCUGGCAGCACUGUGUUCCUGUUAGAGCCACCAGCACAAGCACCAGACGAUGCUGAUCCAGGUGAAGGCCCCAGUGCAGCAGCAACAGCACAUGAUGGAGACGAUGAUGAUGAGGAGGAGACCAUCUCUCUGGAUUCCAGAAGGCAUGAGGUAUCAUGGUAAGACUGUGAAAGUACUAUUUACUCUACAAUGGUGAGGAGUCCUCAUCAAAAUCAAAAAAUCUAAUUUCUUUUACAGGACCCAGAUGCUAUACAGUGGGAAAACCAGCCUGGCAACAUAGUGCGUAUUAAUAAAAGGACACCACAUCCUGCCAAAUUCCAGCUGCGCUAAUUGUAUUGUGUUCACAGAGCUCACAAGCUAUCAGAAAGUUGUAUGGCAACCACCUCCGGCGCCAAAUAGAACUGGCAGACAUAGACAUUCAGUACAAGAAGAAAAAGAUGGAAAAUCUUGCACUGGAGUCCGAAAUAAGAGGACAAUUAGGAAACUGGACCUUGAAAUAAAAAAACUUGAGAGGGAGGUGAGAUAUGCCUUCAAUGUACACUGUAUGCUAACUGUAACACAAAUGUAUUAAUCAUUAUUUGUAUUUCCUCCCCCAGCUCCAAGAAGAUGACACAGCUCAAAAUAAAAAUUAGGUAUAUUCUCGUAAAGUCAAGUGAGCCAUGACAUAUGAGCUCUUAUUGUGAGCACACAGGACGGUGGCAUCUUUCUAAGGUUUUUUUUAUUUUCCCAGCAAUCAGUACAACCAAGUCAUCGUUAUAAGGCAUCGCCCUCUUUUGCCCACCCCCCCAGCACCAGGUGUGGCCACUAGCCUAUAUGAAGGCCCAAAAUUGUGUGUUCCUUUCUGCUCUGACAAUGGCAUGCCCAUUUGUGCGAGAUGUGGUGGAUGAAGAAGCACUUGUGCUGAGGAGAGCCUUCAGGCGAGAAAGGGUCUUCAGGGACCGGUUGGACCCACUGGCCUUCCCUGACGACCAUCUAUAUGAAAGAUACAGGUUUUCUGCAGAUGGCAUCAGGUAUCUAUGCAGACUACUGGGUCCCAGGAUUAAGCACCGCACUGCACGGAGCCAUGCACUGAGUGUGGAGCAAAUGGUUUGUGUGGCCUUGCGCUUUUUUGCUAGUGGAGCCUUCCUGUACUCAGUGGGGGAUGCAGAACAGCUGAACAAGGCCACAAUUUGCCGCACAAUAAGGAGUGUGUGUCUGGCUAUCAAAGCAUUAGCAGAUGUCUUCAUCUCCUUCCCUGGCCACAGAAGACUCUGUGACAUCAAAGAGGAGUUCUAUAGGAUUGCAGGUUUCCCCAAUGUCAUUGGUGCAGUGGACUGCACACACAUAAGGAUAAAAGCCCCCUCAGGUGCCCAUGAGGCCGAUUUUGUGAAUAGGAAAUCCUUUCACAGCAUUAAUGUUCAGAUGGUCUGCAAUGCUGACUGUGUGAUCAGCAAUGUUGUGGCAAAAUGGCCUGGCUCAGUCCAUGACUCCAGAAUCUUUCGGGCCUCUGAAAUCUAUCAGUGCCUAUCACAAGGUGAAUUCUCUGGUGUGUUGCUGGGAGACAGGGGGUAUGGCUGCCAGCCUUUUCUCCUGACACCUUUCACAGACCCCCAGGAAGCACAGCAGGCCUACAACCAUGCCCAUGCCAGGACCAGGGCCAGAGUUGAAAUGACCUUUGGCCUCCUGAAGGCACGCUUUCACUGCCUUCACAAAUUAAGGGUCAGCCCUGUUAGGGCAUGUGAUAUUACUGUGGCUUGUGCUGUCCUCCACAAUGUGGCCUGCCUGAGGAAGGAGAGGGCCCCCAGAGUGCCACCAGCCAUGGACUGGGACAAUCCGGCAAUCUUCCCUGAUGACGACAGUGGUCGGCUGCUGAGGGACCAAUAUGUGUUGAAUUAUUUUAGUUAGUAUGUGUGCUUUCAAUUUUGGUUAAAUAUGUCCUGCGGUGGCAGAGGAAUUUGGGUUUUUUUGGGUUCGUUUUUUACGAAUUUGGCCUCUUAUGAUGUUUGUGCGGUAUACUGUGUGU